CCAUCCAUGUUGCACCCCGUAUUCGACCGUUUCCUUGCAGACACGUAUAUAAGGCGUCGUAUCACGCUGAAAGCAGCAGUUGGUUCGAAACCAUAGCAAAGAAAUGACGAAGCGACAAGUAGUGUUCCUGUUACUGCUGUUGACGGUGCUAGAGCUGUACAAGCUGGCUCAGGCUAGCGACACUAGCCUUGAUCGCAGUGAGAAAAAGUACUUAUUCAGCGAUACAAUCAAGCUCAAUUGGUACAAGGCAACAGAAUUCUGUCGAUCACGUGGAAUGUUUCUGAUGUCGAUAAGGAACACCGCAGAACGGGAAGCUGUGAUCAACUUUCUUGAGAGUACGGGUUAUCCUAAAACGCACGAUAAAUUUAUGCUGUGGAUGUCUGCAAACGAUCUAGGUGAGGAGGGCGAAUUCCACUGGGCAUCGACCGGGGAGCGUGUAAACUAUUCGAACUGGAGCGACAAGGAACCGAACGACUAUAAAUCCGGAGAAGACUGCGUCGUCUUGGCUUACUGGAAGAAGGGAGGUUCAAAACAUCACUACAAAUUCAACGAUACUCCCUGUACGCGCGAUUAUCAAUUCAUCUGUGAAACACUGUAGGUAUGAGGGUGCAACAUGUGUUGGUA